AGCUCCUCCAGGCUCUUCCCUGCCUGCUCCUCCUUCGCCAUGGGGCUCAGGGCUCACGUGUCUGAGUCUGGAUUCAAAAAUCAGAUGACGUUCUCCGGAAAAGGAACCCAGUGAAUGAAGGCCUGGGGUUGGGGAGAAGGCUAUUUACUUCCUCUCUUCUAGUCUGCUAGUUCCCCUUGGGCUCCUGGUAUCUGUGGGGACUUGUCACUCCAGUGCAUCAGUAUGUGGCACCUGCUGCCACCAUCGGCCCUGCUACUUCUAGUUUCAUCUGUCACACAAGCUGAUCGCUCAAAGGCCGUGGUGCAUCUGGACCCUCCAUGGGUCAGGAUGCUCAAGGAGGACAGUGUGACUCUGACGUGCCAGGGAGCCUACCCCCCUGAGGACAAUUCCACACGCUGGUACCACAAUGGAACACGCAUCUCGAGCCAGAACCCCAGCUACUUCAUUGGAGCUGCCAAACUUGAGCACAGUGGCACAUACCAGUGCCAGACGGGCCUCUCCUUGCGCAGUGACUCAGUGAAGCUACAAGUCCACUCUGACUGGGUGGUGCUCCAGACCUCUAAGUCGGCGUUCCGGGAAGGGGAGCACAUUCGGUUGCGAUGCCACAGCUGGAGAAACAAGCGUCUGUACAAAGUCACCUACAUACAGAACGGCAUACCCAAGAGGUUCUUUCAUAACAAUACCGAAUUCCAUAUCCCAGAAGCCACACUCAAUCACAGCGGCUCCUACUUCUGCAGGGGGCUUAUCGGACAACGCAACACAUCUUCUGCGGUCGUGCCCAUCACUGUCGGAGAUCCAGCAUCUCUGCUCAUCAAACCUUCCUUUCCGUCGUGGCCCCAAAUCGCCUUCUGCCUGGUGAUCGGACUGCUGUUUGCAAUGGACACGGGGCUGUAUUUUCUUGUUCAGCGGGACCUCCGAAGAUCCAUGAGGGGCAAAAAAGAGUACAAUGUCAAAUGGAGCCAGGACCAGGACAAAUGAGCCCUCAGCUCCCGGGGCAACAAAGGCAGCAGCACUGUGUCUCAAAACCUCUCUCGGAUCUGCAACAUCCUCAUCCACCAUCAGGCAUACCUUCAACAGCAGGACAAACACAACUCAGAGCCUGGGCUCUGUUUUUUCUGGUUUCUAAUGGAAACAAAAGACAUGCAAUCUUGGGAGACCCACAGUGAUGCCCCAGAAGCAGCUGCAAGCCCUGGACGUCUCAGAACUGUAUGUUUUCUCUCUCCCAACCACAGACUCCCAGAACAGCAAUACACUGGCUCUUGCUAUGUAUAAAAAGUCUCAUAAACAAAAGGAUAA